AUGAGCAGUAACACCUACCAUCCUGGCCAUGUGCGACGGGAGAAAGGUGAAAGACUAGGUCCGGGCGAUCCCGACGCUGGUGUCCUAGCAGAAAGCGACCGCGAGAGAGGCGGUUAUACAGGCCCAGGCUUCGUAAACGACGUCUUCGGCGAGGAACAGGGUCAUGACAUCAAAUACAAGACAUUAACAUGGCCAAUGGUGGCGCUCCUCAUGAUCACCGAGAUCGUGUCGAAUGGCAUGCUGAGUCUGCCUAGUAGUCUAGCAGCGGUCGGCAUUGUCCCGGCAGUUGUCGUGAUCUUCUUUCUCGGCGCAUUUGCGACGUAUACGGCAUGGGCACUAAUACAGUUCAAGCUCAGACACCCGGAAGUCCACAACAUGGGCGAUGCUGGUAUGAUCAUGUUUGGGCCUAUCGGGAGAGAGAUACUCGCCGGCGGGACUAUCAUCUUCGCCGUUUGCGCUACAGGCAGUCAGAUGCUUGCCGGCCAACUUGCGUUAACAGUCCUCUCGGACACUAAGCUAUGUGCCCUGGCCUUUACAGGCAUUUUUGCCGCCGCUACAGUCAUGGUCAGUUUCCCAAGGACCCUUGGAAACCUUGGCUGGCUUUCGGUAGCUGGAGGAAUAUCCAUCAUUGUGGCUGGUAUCGUUGCAAUGGCUGGCGCUGGAGCGUCUCCUGUUGCGCCAGGUGAUAUCGCCAUCACGAUCUCGACAGACUUUACGUCGGCCUUCAUCAGCAUCACCAAUCCCGUUUUCGCCUAUGCCGGGCAUUUUAUGUUUUUCAUCCUGAUAUCUGAGAUGCAAAGACCCCGAGAUGCCAUGAAGGCCGCUUGGGCCCUGCAAAUAGUAGCCACGACAUUCUACAUCGUUUUCGCAGUUGUUACGUACUGGUAUGUAGGCUCAGGGGUCUCGAGCCCAAGUCUUCUCAGCCUGGAGCCCCUGUGGGCCAAGAUCAGCUUUGGUCUCGCGAUUCCAAACUUCCUCAUCGCUGGGGCACUAUACAGCCACACGGCAGCGAAACUCGUGUUCGUGCGGAUCUUCAGGCACAGCCGGCAUAUUCACUCGCAUACAUUUACCGGCUGGGGCAUGUGGACCUUUCUGAUACUUCUUGCUAACGUUGCAGCCUUCGUGCUGGCUGUCGGCAUCCCAUCCUUCAACUAUCUGGUUGGUAUUACAGCAUCGUUGUUCGCGGCCUGGUACACCUAUGGUCUCGCGGGAAUGUUCUGGCUCCACGAUACUUACCACUUCAAAGGUGGAGCACGCGCCUGGGUCAAAAGACCGCUCAUGCUGGUGGUAAAUGUUCUUACCAUUCUGGCCGGGGCCUUCAUCUGCGUUGGAGGGCUGUAUGCAACAAUCAAGGCAUUGCAGAUGGCAUCUGAGGCGGGUUUAUUGCCUUCGCCUUUCCAGUGCUAA